GCGGGUGGUGUGGUCCUUGCGGGUUGGGGUCGUGUCGGCCGGGAGGAUGAGUCGGUUCCUGAAUGUGCUGCGCAGUUGGCUCGUGAUGGUGUCGGUCAUCGCCGCCGGGAACACGCUGCAGAGCUUCCGCGACCACGGCUUCCUCUCGGAGAAGCUGUACACCGCCAGCCCAGGGCUCGUGAACGGGCUCCAGGCUCGGACUUUCGGCGUCUGGACCCUGCUGUCGUCGGUGAUCCGCUGUCUCUGCGCCAUCGACAUCCGCAAUAGGACCCUCUAUUACAUCACACUCUUCACCUUCUUUUUGGCCCUUGUUCACUUCCUUUCCGAGGUCUUCAUUUACCAUACUGCAGCCUUGACAAUUGGAAUUAUGGCACCCCUCAUGGUAGCAAGUUUCUCUGUUUUGGGGAUGUUGAUUGGGCUGCAGUACCUGGAGGUAGAAGCACUGUCACAGAACAAGAAGAAAAACUGAAGCUGAGGGCUGGGUGUAGGUCAGCAUUGUCUCCUAUCUUCACUGCCAAACUUCCACUAAAACUCUAGGACACCAGGCCCACUAGUGGAUCAAUGUUGGACUGUCAGUGUCUCACCAUUACUAAGUUUUUUUCUUGUCCAAGGAACAUUUCAACUGACUGAUGUCAAAAGAGCAAGUCCCAGAGGAGUUUGUGUUAAAGCUUGCAGGGGCCAGUUAGUGACUGCCUCCCUGGAGAGCAGGCAAUGUCUCAGGCACGCCCAGUGCAUUAAGGACUUCUCUCCCAGUGUGCGGAGGAGGUGUACAGCAACCCAGGAUCAACUGAACUCUUCAGACCACAGAGAGAACACGUACUGCCCCUGGCACUGCUAUGUAACUUGCAUGUGUGUGUUCUUCAGGGGACUUUCUAAUAAACGGCAGAAAACUACAAAA